CCUCACUGAGCGAAACUGAUGCAGGAUUCCUCGAGAAGUCAUUCGUGGCUAGCACGUCCCACUGGUGUUAUCUGUUUUCAGAUGUUCUCGGGGUUUUGAAGACGCCACGUUCUUGGAGUCCAGCAGCGUAUCGAUGUAAAGCCAGGAUGAAGCGAUGGUGAGAGGCAGCCUGAGCCUGUAAGAUGAAGAGCCCGGUGCAUAGGUUUAGGGACGUGGAGAGACAAGCCGCCUGCCUGCAGAUGGAACAGCAGCAGUGUGUGUCCGUCUCCAAGGCCACCAGCGCCCCCAUGUGGUUUGUCAGGGAUGCAUGUGGCAUUGUGUGCGGGGUCAUCACCUGGCUCCUGGUGGUGUACGCUGAGUUCGUGGUGCUCUUCGUCAUGCUGCUGCCUUCUAAGAACCUCACCUACAGCAUCGUCAAUGGGACAGUGUUCAACAGCCUGGCCUUCCUCGCCCUCGCCUCGCACUUCCGUGCCAUGUGUACUGACCCUGGAGCCGUGCCAAAGGGGAAUGCUACCAAGGAGUACAUCGAGAGCCUGCAGCUGAAGCCGGGCCAGGUGGUCUACAAGUGUCCCAAGUGCUGCAGCAUCAAACCUGACAGAGCACAUCACUGCAGUGUUUGCAAACGCUGCAUACGGAAGAUGGACCACCACUGUCCCUGGGUCAACAACUGUGUGGGGGAGAAUAACCAGAAGUACUUUGUCCUCUUCACAAUGUACAUUGCACUCAUCUCUCUCCACUCCCUGGUGAUGGUGGUCUUUCACUUCCUGUACUGUUUUGAAGAUGAUUGGACAAAAUGCAGCUCCUUUUCACCUCCAGCGACCGUCAUCCUCCUCAUCCUCCUGUGCUUUGAGGCGCUCCUCUUUCUCAUCUUCACCUCCGUCAUGUUUGGGACUCAGGUCCAUUCCAUCUGCACCGAUGAGACGGGCAUAGAACAGUUGAAAAAGGAGGAGAGAAGAUGGGCUAAAAAAACUAAGUGGAUGAACAUGAAGGCCGUGUUUGGACACCCCUUCUCGAUAUUAUGGUUUAUGCCGUUGACGCGGCCAGGGAAGGCUCAUGGCAAGGCUGAAUCCUACCAGUAUGUGGUCUAAGAUUAGUCACCUAACUCUGAGACAGGGGUGUGCUAACGCCGUUACAACCCAUCCCGCAACCAUCCCACCCAACUCUGACACUCCUUUACCGUGCUGAACGGGAUUGUGACCCCUCUAUUGCCUAACUUAUUGAACCUGCUUUUUUCUUUUUAACGUUGCCAAAUGUUAUUAUUUUGAUGUUGCUUGGGAACCGAAGUAGAGUUGCAGAGAAAAAGAUGUACAAAAGGAGAGAAAAAAAGCUGCCUGUUUUAACUAUUCUAUGAAUGUUGUUGCUUUUGUUUUUCCUGAAGCUCUGUUCUGUUUGUUAUACUGAAACACUUUUUCACUAAGCCCUAACGGGUGAGUCCUGCAUUCCUUAAACCAAAUGUUCCCUAGGUCAUGGACUGUUGACCCAUUGGGAUUAGCUGAAAAUCUGAUUGAAAGUUGGGAUUCUCUCUGCUGACCAUCUCCUAUCGGUCAAAUCUUUUACAAUGUUUCGAUUCCUGGUUAAGUUCAAACGUUAGCAAAUGUAGCUGUUGCACAUGAUCAAUGGCUCUGUGUUAGCGUUACAUAAGCGUACAUCUUUGCCCUUUGGUCUCUAGUUUGGCCUAUAACUACAUUUGCACACUCACUAGGCCUGUAAAUGCAGUUUGUCAUUCAUUUGGCCUGUAGCUACAGUUGCCUGUUUGAGAGGCCUUCAGAGACAUGAGAUUUUAAGUGUAUUCAGGAUCAACAGAUUAACCAUCAUAAUUUGUUGAACAAUCAUAUCUUCUCGUGCAUAAACAAAGAUAAAGCAUGUAUUGCUGCUCAUUUCAAGGUCACCUUUUUUUGUUGGUAAAGGAAAACAACAUGGAGAUAUUUUUGAAGCUUUACUGUACAAAGGUUUCCGGUAACUCCUGGAUCCUCUUUGAUGUGCCAAUUUCAGAUAUUUCUCAUAUCACCGGUUCAAUGCACUUGAAUGAGUCUUUUAUUCUGUACCUUUUUUAUGUUGGAAUUAAACUUGAUUUUGGUUUUCCACGAGUUGUGGAAAUUACAAGGAAGACCUGAUUCACAGACUAAUUUAAAAAUGUUUUGCAAAAUAAAAUGUAAAGGGGACAUUGUAAAUCCUGUAAUAUCAACCAACCCAACUGAUGCAGUAGCAGUUGUCACAAAUAUGAACUGCUUUUAACAAACCUUCUAAAACCCGCUUUGGAUAAGCAUCACAAACAUGCACUUUUUCUGUGAUGUGUCUAACCAUGGAGUCCAUGUUAACUUGCGCAACGUUAACUUGAAACAACCUCUGCAACCGUUUUCUAAAAACAGAUCGAGUGAGUCUUAAACAAGAAACCUCUUUUGGAGGGAGAAUCUCUGGAUGCUUUUGCCUAAGCUAGUUUGAGAGCUCAAUACAAUCAGACCUGCCAAGUUGAUGCGUUUACAAUGUAAAUGUUAUUUCCCCAAUCGUCAAAUUAUUCUACAAACAGGUUUAGUUUGACUGAGAAUUGUGGUCACAGGAUAUAGCUACGGCGCGUUUGAAGGAAACCCUGUGUCGAGGAAACAUCUGUUUUUGUAAUAUUGUCCAAAUAUGGGAUCAUGCUCAUCUUUUGUUGUAUACUGCUUAUUUUGAAUGGAUGGUAAAGUUGAUGGGCGAGACUGUCUGCUGAUCGAGGGAGCAUCCCAAAGGGCCCUCUAUUCUUAUGGGCCCCCGAGUUAAAACAAGUGCACUAUGUAUACAACACGGUGCCAUUUGGGACACAGUUUGCUGGUGCUGUGAGUGUUUUGCCUGUGAGCCAGCUAGUGAAGAUCUGUUUUUUUUUGUUUGUUUUUUUACUGACAUGUUACUGAUCUCUUAACCCGAGCGCAGAGAGAGAAUAAAUACCCAUUUGUUAUCA